AGUUCAUGGCUUUUGUUAGCAUUACUAAUAUUGUGGUGGAUGACAAACCCCAACCAUUUACAAGUCCAAUAACAAUGGAUAUUUACUUUGAUGUUAUAGCUGACAUAGAAGACGAAAUAGAAUGGACGUACAGAUUUCAUUAUUAUUAUUAGACUUCUCUAUAUAGGUUCUCCAAAAGAUGAAGCUCACGAUUAAAUAUUGGACUAAUUUUCCAUGGGACCAUUGACUAAAGGAACAAAGCAAUUUACUCUUGAGUCGAAUCCUCCUGAUUGGAAAAAAAUUCCACAAGAUGAAGUAUUGGGUAUCACUGCUUUCAUCUUGACUUGUUCAUACAGAUAGAGAGAAUUUUUUAGAGUCGGAUAUUAUGUCUACAACACCUACACAUCUCCUGAAAACAUUGAAAACGAUCCUUAGGAAGUGAUUAUUGAAGAUAUUGCCAGAUAAAUCUUCAAUAAUAAACCCCGCAUAACAAGAUUUGAAAUCGAUUGGAAUAACCCUGCAAAUUCUGAAGUUCAACAAUAGCCAAUUGAAACUAAAGCAUACAUGUUUUAAGAAUAAUAAGAAAAAUAGUCAGCAGAUGCAACGGAAAUUUAUGGUGCAUUGCAUUAGAUUCAAAAUGUAUUUGACUCUUGA